CGUCCAUCCAGCCAAAGAAGCAGUGAGUGCGCGCUAGAAUUCGUGUGCACAUCUGCCGCCGCCGCCGUCGUCUUCCCGUCAGAACCGAGAACCAGCGUUACCAGAUCUACGGAAAUUUCCGUAGAUCUACGGAAUUGUGCUUAUUUUACGGAACUACGGAUCCGUAGAAUAAAUCUACAGAAAACCCGGUUUUUAUACGGAAACCUACGGAAAGCUACGGGAAAUCUACGGAUUUUCAACUUGAAUCUACGGAAUAAAGUUUCUGAAAUUCUCCCCCCCGCUCAUCAAUUUUCAUCUACGGAAGCACUCGCGAAAAAAUCUGACAUCACUGCCGAGAACACUAAAGUCAGUGUCGUAACCGAGUUUGGACGGACCGAAGCGUGUUACGCUAGCCGGGAUUGAAUCGGUGGGCAGCAAGCGAAACAGCCGUCACCGCACGAAGGCCAGACCGAAUUCGACCCCGGUGAAGGCUUAGCUAAGCAGCAGAUACUGGCAGCAGAGGUCAAAGACAUCAGCAGGCCUUGAGGAGGGAAGGGAAACAAACGUACACACACGGUCACUACGAGUGCGAGAUACAGAGACACAACACAUAGGCAGACAGAUAGAUCGUUGAAGGCGAGCGAACUAGCGGCGCUCGGUGUUUUCUCCUGGAUUCGGACGUCUGUCUGAGGCGUAGAUUGUUGUUUGAUCGAAUAAUAGGUGUGUAAUUCCUGGGUGAGCCGGGACGCAGUGUGUGAAUCAUUUUGUGUGUUUAGUUUGUGAAGAUCCUGUGCUAAAAAAUGAGUGAUGAAGAUAGUGAGGGACGGUUGACCACCGCAAUGGCAACAUCGUCCACAGCGACAAUCGUGACACAGGCCUCAUCUUCGACUCCGGCAGAAUCAUCAUCGGACGAUCUGCAGCAGCAAUCGGUGGCAACGACCUGCGGUUCGGCACGUGCCUUCGCCAAGGUCCCGAUCUUUAUUGUGGAAGAUCACCAUGACGUUCUAACGUUCCUGUACCGAUGUAUCGGCUCGAGGCAUCUGCCGCUGCGGGGCAAUACCAUCAUUCACUUCGAUUCACAUCCGGACAUGUGCAUUCCGAAGCAUAUGCCCGCCGGGUACGUGUUCAACAAGGAGGACCUGCUCGACAGUAUCAGUAUUGAGAACUGGAUGAUGCCCACGGUGUUCGCCGGGCAUGUGGAGCGGAUCGUGUGGAUCAAACCGGACUGGGCCAAUCAGAUGCCCAAGGGCAAAUUCGAGUUCAACGUCGGAGAACACGAGGGCAGCAUACGCACAGAUUCCACGCUAGAAUACUUCGUCUCGGAAGGUUGCUACCAACCGGAAGACCAGCUGGAAAACAAAAAAUCCCUGCAGCUCCAAGUCUGCGCCAUUGAAGAGUACAAAGUUUCGGACGACGACGACCUACGGGGCGGCUACAUCCUGGACAUCGAUCUGGACUACUUCAGCACACACAAUCCUUUCCUGAAGAUCUACGAAAAGGUUGGGCUGUACGAAAAACUGAAGGAAAUCUUCAUCUCACCCGAACUGGCCGACACGACGGAGAACGACCUGGAACGGCUACAGCAAAUCGCCAGAAAUCGUGAGGAAAAGCUUGAGUUUUUGGAAUCCAUGUUCCUCUACCUGGAGGAGGUGGGAAACUUGAAACACUUCCUGGUCGAUUAUCAGCAAGAAAUCAGCGAAGAGUACACAACCCUUUUAGCGAAAGUAUCAAACCUGGUCACGGUCCUGAAAAAAGAAUACGCCGAAGAGGAAAUCGACUGGUCCAUGAUCUACGACGCCGGAUGCACCUGCGACGUAACGGAUCUUCCGCAUCACGAAUCGACCCGGGAGGAAAUCCAAUCCCUGGUCCAGCAACUCGAGAGCUUCCUGGUGCAGCUUCCGGCACCGCCAACCGUGAUCACCGUGUCCCGAUCGAGCGAGGACGACUACACGCCCGCCGACCAGGUGGAACAGAUCCAGGAGUUGGUUCUGGCCGCGCUUAAAAAGUGCCUCCGGACCGAACUGGACGACCCCAUACUGUACUAUAAGGAUCAGGAGUUUAAGCUUUAAGGACGGGCCCCAGGGGCAACCUCUACUUGUAUGUACCAUGUUUCCUUCCUUCUCUCACGUAGAACCCAAUCGUACCGCCUACUUUUGUAGGUCGAAACAGGACAACCUGCUUUUGAAACUUCCCCCCAAUGUACCAUUUUACGUAUUAAAAAAAAAUAAAAAAUAAAAACAUACGCUAAAAUCCCAGUUAAAAUGCAAAAUAGCAGUCAAAAACUAACGUUUAACUCUAUGUAAGUCAGUUAAGAAUAAUAAUUACCACAAAUAAAAAAAACACCAAACCAACGAUGUCAAAAUAAUAA